CACAACACACCGUUUCCAUUUCCAGAAACGGCGACGAUGGAGACAUGGCUGAGCUAGCUUUACAACGAUCGGAAGAUUCCACAACGAUGAUGGUGAUGUGACCGGUAUGAGCUCGGGAAGACGAGUUUUUCAAACGAUUCAGAGCUUUAAAGCUUCAGAUCUGUUUCUCUUGGAUCGGUUAGAGAGAUUUUUAGGUUUCUUUUUUUGUGUUUUUUCCACACCAUUGAGCGGUACUCGUUACACCGGAACUCUCUGAUCGGAAAAUACGCCGGAGAUUUUGGCCGAUUUGUUAGAUUAGUGAGUGAGUCGUUGCUUAAGUGUGUCACUGCUUAGCUACUAAGCGCUGUCGAGGUUUUAGGAGUUUGAAGAAGGAGGAAAAUGCCGAGGCCUGGACCUAGACCUUACGAGUGUGUGAAACGAGCUUGGCAUAGUGAUCGUCAUCAACCUAUUCGUGGUUCCAUUAUUCGCCAGAUUUUCAGGCUGGCCAUGGAAGCACACAGUGCAGCCACGAGGAAGAACAAGGAAUGGCAGGAGAAGCUUCCUGUGGUUGUGUUAAAAGCUGAGGAAAUCAUGUACUCUAAAGCCAAUUCCGAGGAAGAGUAUACAGAUGCUGAUACUAUGUGGAACAGAGUAAAUGAUGCGAUUGAUACUAUUAUUAGAAGAGAUGAGAGCACUGAAACUGGUCCUCUUUUGCCUCCUUGUGUUGAAGCUGCUCUUAACCUGGGAUGCAUUGCUGUAAGAGCUUCAAGAAGCCAACGACAUAGUAACAUAAGGACCUACCUCGGUCCAAAACUCCAGGAACCGGUUUCUGCAUCGCCGAAUGAGCCGCCGUACCAUCAUGACUAUCAUCAUCAAGCUCAAAAACCAUCCACUAAACCAAUCCAUACCUCUCAAGCUGCGACCCCAGUAGAUGUACUUGAUGAUAACAACAAGCGUGUAGCUGCACCUCGCGGUUACCCAUUUCUACACGAAUCCAUGCAUAUGCAUCAAAAGCCAUUGGCGAUAAGACAAGGAACUACCACUGCUCCAGCUCCUUCUACAGCUCCAGCUUCUAUUACAGGUCCAGCUCCUACACCAGCUCCAGUAAAGUUGGGUUCGGUCUAUCCUUUGUAUUACGGUGGUAAUCAUCAGACUCAGCAAGUGGACAUGUCUAUUAGAGCCCCUGAAGCGCCCAUAAUCAUUGGCAUGCCUAUUGGCAUAAAACCCCAAGAAGAAACAACAGAGAGGGUUUGUGAUUUAUCCUUGAGGCUUGGUAUAUCUUCAGUACCGUCUACAAGAAGAAUAGAUGUCGGAUCUAGUCGGGCUUACCCGAGAAGUAACCAAGAAGAGUUAUGUUUAUUCUCUUCUGAGGUAAAGAAGAAUGAUAGGUUUGAUUGGUUUUCAAAUUGUGAAGGUCAGAAUCCAGGAGACUCGAGAGUUAAAAAGCACAAAACAUUGUGUGGAGACUUCCACUAGGAUUUGCUUUAGUUUUUACUCAAACCUUGUAAAAGCCUCAGGGUUUAUUGGUUAAUAUUUUAUUGACUCUACUAGUUUAGUUUUAGCUUCACUUCAAAAUGAUAA